GAUGCUCAAAACAAUUCCGAUAUUUUAUAAUUUUUAGAAAAUUAGAUUAUUAAACCAAUCGGCCCACUUUAAAUUCUUUUUAGAAAAAAUGAAGGGAAAAAAAUCCCCUGGUUUAUCAAAUGAAAAGAACGUGGGAUUGUUUGUGGGGUGGAUCGCUCAGUAGAUAACAGAGCAAACGGGUGGUUUGGUUAUUCUUCCUCCGGAGAUUCCAAUUUAUUCUUCAAAGAUUUAGAAAAUCCAUCUUCCAAAUGCUGGGUUUCUCUCAGAUUAGCCUCAGGAACUCACUGCUUCGUUAAAGUAAGCUUCUUUCUCUCUCCUUUUAAUUUCGUUUUCUCUCUCCACCAUCGCCAAGAAGACGAAGAGUUCCCGGCUGUUUUCACCUUCUUGCCAAUGGCGGUCUGUCAAAUGGGUUUUCUGUGGCUAUUAGAACUUGCUUUCAAUUGGGUAUAGCUCAGAUUUUCCAUAUCUUGCAAUUUCUGGGAUAUUAUUGCAUUUUCGGAGAUAUUGAGGUUUGUUCCUUGAUGAGCUCUCAGUGCGUGUAGGUUGCUAACUUGCUGUUAGUAUUGGGUAGAGUUUAGAUUUUCUGCAUUAAAAAUGGUUUCUUGAUUUUUGAGGAAUUUGGCUCCCCAGUUGGUUGUUGCUGCAGAAGCUGAGGUUUUUUCUGUAUCUGGGACUUGCCUUAUGAAGCCUUUUCAUUGUUUUGUUCUUCUUCAGAAGUAGUAUCUUUGUUAUCUUCCGAGUUUUGAAUGCUGGGAAUUCUGUUCUGUUGAAUUGUGCAGCUGUUUUGCUUCCACAAAUCUGUGGUUGUUAGCUUAAGCAUGCAUUUUCAUAACCGAUUGUGCCGAAACAAUAAAGGGUUUUUGAUCCUUAGGUUCAAACAUUUUCCCCCUUCAAAGUUGGCAAAUUCUUGGUUGUGGGUUGUUGGUAUUGAGAACUGAAAGAGAGGAAAGUUUCCCCGGUGGAAUCUGGUUUCUAAAGGAGAGAAGAUAUGGACUUGUGGGUUGUUGCAGCGGCGGCAGGCGCUGGAUAUUUGACUAAGUAUUGGCAGAACAUAUCCAAGAAUGGGGGUAAAGAUGGCUUGUUAAAUUUUCCUUUUGGGGAUGCAAAUCUUGACAAAUCUGAAUCCUCAAGGCACCCUUUACACAGACUAGGACACAGAAAGAAAGUGGGUGAUGACGUUUCUAAUGACAGCAAAAAGGCUUCAGAUGCUUACUUGUCAGAAAGUUCUUGUGGGACAGAAGUGGCUUCUACUAGCGGGUAUGAUGGUGAAAAGCUGGCAGGCUUGGUGAAUUACAAGGAUUGCAAUGUACUUUCUUUAUCACAUAUGUCACCGGAAUACUCGGGAAAUGAAAAUGUGAAUGGGGAUGGGGCUUGGAUAAGUCAUGAUAUUGAUGAUAGUACUGGUGCCAGGAUGCCUAAAUCUUCGAGUGGAGAAAGAGAUUAUUUUCGUGUUCCUCUGAGGAACAAAAGUUCUAUUAGAACUGAGCAUUCAUAUGGGCAUGCGAUUAAGCCAGUAAAUUCCUUAGAGAGUUGCCUUAUGGCUCAGUUAUAUAAAGAGCGUGCUGAAAUGGAACAUGUGCUUACCCUUCCAUCACCAUCCAGACCAAGUAUGAGACCAUUGUUUGUGACUGAUGGAAACCGAAUUAUCAGCAGAGCAAGUGGUGACCAUUUCAGAGCUCAGAUUGGGGUCGAGGAAAAUAAGCUGCAUAAGGAAGCCUAUUUGGAAACUAAUGAAAAUGCAUGUGGGUUUCCUCCACCACCAAAAGUUGGUUAUUUGGAUCUGCCCAAGAAGACGAAAAGUAAGACAGGCAAGGGGAGGAAUGGAAAAUUGAGCAGUACCAGUAAAUUGGUCAAUGGAAAACACUUACAUUCUGAAGGUUCACUGGAUGGAGCAGUUCUUCUCUGUCUUGGGAUUUCUAUUGGCAUAAUAUCUUCUUUUAUAGCAAAUAAAAGAGAAGUUGACAAGUUGAAAGAUUUGUUGAAGCAGACCGAGAACUUGGUUCAGGAUCUAGAGGAGGAACUUGAAAUGAAAGAUUCAGUAACAGUGAAGGAAAUAGCUGAUGAGAAUUAUGGUGCACAAGGUACUUGUGACAGUUCCGUUUUUGAUAAGGCGCCAAAUUCUUUUUCUACCGAACAGAAUAUGGACAAAUAUGAUGAUAAAAAUUCAUAUGACCGGAAAGCAGAAGAGAGUUCAGAGUUGAUUAGUAAAAUAGAGGCAGAGCUUGAAGCUGAACUUGAGAGGUUGGGGCUAAACAUGAACACUUAUAUUCCGGAGAGAAGAUCCAUCGAUGUUGCUGAGCUUGACCCAAACUUAAUGGCAGAUUUUGCUCAAGGUGAGCUGAGAGCUGACUUGGUUGGUGGGUUAUCUGUUGGUGAACCCGGGUCUAACGAAGAGGCAAGCAGCACCUCUACGGAUCAUCACUGUGCAAACUAUGCAGUUUCUCCCAGAGAGCUUAGCUUGCGUCUGCAUGAAGUUAUCCAAUCAAGACUGGAAGAACGUGUCCAGGAGCUUGAGGUGGCUCUACAAAACAGCCAAAGGAAGGUCCAAAUCGCGGAGUUGAAGCACAAGGAUUCUUGGAGAGACUUAUCAGACAAUCACAGACAUUCCGCAAUCCAUCAGAUUACGAAUUCUGCAGAAAAAUGCAAAACCACAGAAGAGCCUCUAGUCAUGAACUUAUCAGGAGAAGCUUUAGAUGCGUACAAUGAGGCUUACGAAGAGUUGAUGAAGAUCAGUGAAUCCGAAGGGGAGGAUUCACCUUGUCCGAUUUUUGGAACAUUCAGCGCUCAAAGCCACAGUCAAACUCAAGGUGAAGAGGUGAAUGGUUCCGUGGGGAAUUUUGCUUUCGGUAAAGAGGAAACCGCAGGUGGUGAUUCACCUCGUCAAGCUUUUGAAACGUUCAGGAUUCAAAGCUCCAGUCAAACUCAAAGUGAACUGGUGACUGGUUCCGUGGGGAAUCUUGCUUUCAGUAAAGAGGAAACCGUAGGUGAUGAUUCACCUUGUCAAGUUUUUGAAACAUUCAGGCUUCAAAGCCCCGGUCAAACUCAAAGUGAUGGGUUAGAUGGUUCUGUGAAACAUUUUGGUUCCAGUAAAGAGGAAACCGGAGGUGAUGAUCUCCUUUCGUUCAAGAGCAAAGCAAGUAUCUCAGAUGAGGAGCACAUUUCCAGGGUUCGGCGUUCAAAGAACUCAUCAGUCGGUGGGGUGAAUAGCGAUGAUUCCGACGCAGAGAUGGAGAAACAGUUGAUAAUGCAGAUUGUGGAGAAGGCCAAGAAAGGUUCUCCGGUAGUCCUGAAUGCACAAAGGUGGUUCCGGUCAAUUGACGAGAACAAGAGUUGAGUCAAAAGCAGGUAUUAAGUUUUGCAGUGUAUAGAUUCAUAGAAAAUAUGAGAAUAUAGAAAGAGGUUAGGUAUUCAUUCUAUAGCUAAAGCUAAUACGCCAUUCGUUUGUAACGUUGUCGAUGUUUACUGAUUGCCGAAGCUUAUCGACGCUUUCGUUAUCGAAUCAUCAGAAACUUUGCUCCAAUAUUUUCAGUUUUAUGCACUCUCUCUCCCAUUUCUGCCUCA